UUUGCCAGCAUUUUCCGAUCCGGUCUUUUUCGUUUACACUUCGUCAGUGAAGGAUCGUUGGAUUGAAUCCAACUUCAUCUGACGAUUAAAUAAAUUUAUAAUUAAAAAAAAUGAGUGAAACACUUCAAUUGAAAGGUACUCUUCGUGGGCACAAUGGGUGGGUUACGCAAAUCGCCACCAACCCAAAAUAUCCAGAUAUGAUUUUGUCUUCUUCACGUGACAACACUCUCAUUGUUUGGAAGCUUACACGUGAUGAAUGUAAUUAUGGUAUUCCACAAAAACGUUUGUAUGGACAUUCCCAUUUCAUCAGCGACGUAGUGCUCUCUUCAGAUGGUAAUUACGCCCUUUCUGGAUCAUGGGACAAAACUCUUCGCCUGUGGGAUUUGGCUGCUGGACGAACAACCAGGCGGUUUGAAGACCAUACCAAGGAUGUCUUGAGUGUUGCUUUCUCCGUUGAUAAUCGACAAAUUGUCUCUGGAUCUCGGGACAAGACUAUUAAAUUAUGGAAUACACUUGCUGAGUGUAAAUAUACUAUUCAAGAAGAUGGCCACUCCAACUGGGUCAGUUGCGUACGUUUCUCACCAAACCACACGAAUCCAAUAAUUGUUUCCGCUGGCUGGGAUAAGGUUGUGAAAGUCUGGAAUUUGACAAAUUGUCGUCUCAAGAUCAAUCAUUAUGGCCACACUGGGUACCUUAACACAGUUACCGUCUCACCUGAUGGUUCUCUCUGUGCAUCUGGUGGCAAGGAUUGCAAAGCCAUGCUAUGGGACUUGAAUGAUGGCAAACAUUUACACACUCUUGACCAUAAUGACAUAAUUACUGCAUUGUGCUUCAGUCCUAAUCGCUACUGGCUCUGCGCUGCAUUCGGUCCCUGGAUCAAAAUCUGGGAUUUGGAAAGUAAAGAAAUGGUUGAAGAACUUAAACCUGAAGUUGUAUCUGCAACUAGUAAAGCUGAACCACCAUUGUGUCUAUCACUUGCGUGGUCGACUGAUGGUCAGACACUAUUUGCUGGUUAUUCUGAUAAUACCAUUCGUGUCUGGCAAGUAUCUGUUACUAGCCGUUAAGCCUGUAAAUGACUGAGAAGUAAAAAAAAAUAAUAUCAAAAA